AUGGAGAUGUACAUUCUAAUGGCAUAUGCCUCCAUCACGAUUGGCACUUUGGUCACAAUGGCAUUCGACUGUUCGAAGAAAGCCAAGAAGUCGGUGGAAGAUCCGCCCCCGGGGGCUGGUGGAGAUCCAGCGGCCGCUGCCAAGAAAGGGAGUGCUUAUGUGAGUAAGCCAUGCAAUGAGAAGACCGGCCUCGACCCGACUGAUCCCAACAUGAACAGUGCUGCGUUAAAGUGAGUUUUUAAGAUUUCUUGGUUACUGUAGGAUGAGUUUGAUUUUUAAAGUUUUAUUAGUUUUGCAAAGAAAUUUCUUGCCUUUUUUUGAUUUGCAAAGAAAGUUCUUGCUAUUUUUUGUUUUGUAAAGAAAGUUCUUGCCAUUUCUUAGUUUGUAAAGAAAGUUCCUGCCAUUUUUUAAUAAAUCCAUUUUCAGAGCCAUCUGA